AUGGCAGUUUCAAUAGGCUGGUUUCUUCCCUGUAGUCGACAAGCUUCUGAAAUGGUCUCCGACUCCGAAGCUAUUCGAAAUAAAUACCAUAUCAGUAAAGAUAAAUAUGAUGAAUUUUUUAAAGUUUGUUUACGUCGUAAAUUAGUUGAUUUUUUAUGUAAUGAACGAAAACGCCAUGCAAAAAAACAACAACAGUUACAUCAAGAACAAGAACAACAUAAUUUAACAGAAACACAUCAGCAGCAACAAUAG